AUGGCUAAACAUGGUUUCCUGUUCUUCCUCACCUUGUUUCUGCAGCACCACUAUACAAGCGCCUCUUCAAUUGAUCAGCAACAAAGCCGCCUAGCAUCAACUUCGGAAUGGCAACCCUUGCAUUGCGAUGCUGUGUCCAUCAACCCUUCAUGCGGCUCAUUCCUUUAUGUCACUCCUCAAGGGCGUAGCCUGUCAGAGAUUGUCUCUGUAUUCAACGGUAAUGCAUCUCUCAUCCAGACUAUCAAUCGGCUCUCUGGUUCACAGGACCUGUUGAUGGGCGUGGCAUGCAAGUGUCAGGCUAUCAGCAACACCACGACUGCUUUUUUUCAUGACACUCAAUAUAAAGUGGAGCCGGAUGACACACCUGGCGAAGUGAAGAGUAAUACCUUCAGCGGGCUUGCAAUGAAUGUUGGUGAUGGUGUUGGUAGUAUGACAAUCAUAAUAUCAGCAUCCAUAUCUGCUGCAAUAUUGUUCUUCUGCGUCUUCACUGUCAUUCUUCGCCUGAGAAGGAGGUCUUCUCAGCACACUGUUGAAGCACCUGAAAUAAAAAUGGAGAGAGCUCCCAGCAACACCAGCAUCGCUGCUCUGGAGAGCCGUUACUUUCCAUCCAUGAGAAUUAAUGAUAUUGACCCAUUCCAAACAGAGAGGCCUGUCAUUUUUAGUUUGAAAGUAAUUGGAGAUGCUACGGCUAAUUUCGAUGAGAAAAGAAAGAUCGGCGAGGGAGGAUAUGGCAGUGUUUACCUUGGUUUCAUAGGAGCACAUGAAAUUGCGAUCAAGAAGAUGAAAGCAAGCAAAUCGAAGGAAUUCUUUGCUGAGUUGAAAGCUCUGUGCAAAGUACAUCACAUUAACGUGGUUGAGUUGAUUGGUUAUGCUGCUGGGGAUGAUCACCUGUACCUUGUGUAUGAAUAUGUCCAGAAUGGAUCACUUAGUGAGCAUCUACAUGAUCCGUUGCUGAAAGGCCAUCAACCUCUUUCAUGGACUGCUAGAACACAGAUAGCAUUGGAUGCAGCACGUGGUAUUGAGUACAUUCAUGAUCAUACUAAGGCCUGUUACGUGCAUCGUGACAUCAAAACAAGCAAUAUUCUGCUCGACAAUGGAUUAAGAGCUAAAGUUGCAGAUUUCGGACUAGUGAAGCUUGUUGAGCGUAGUGAUGAAGAAGAAUGCAUGGCAACUCGUUUAGUUGGAACGCCAGGAUACCUUCCACCUGAGUCAGUUCUUGAACUUCAUAUGACUACCAAGUCUGAUGUGUAUGCAUUUGGAGUAGUUCUUGCAGAGCUCAUUACAGGACUCCGUGCACUUAUCCGGGAUAACAAAGAAGUCAACAAGAUGAAGUCAAUAAUCUCAAUUGUAAGAGUCCUUGCGAUCUUCAAAUCAGAAAAUCUAGAGAGCUCAUUGGAAACAAUUAUAGAUCCUAACUUGAAGGACUGCUAUCCCAUAGAAGAAGUGUGCAAGAUGGCAAAUGUUUCAAUAUGGUGCCUAAGUGAGGAUCCAUUGAACCGGCCUGAGAUGAGGGACAUCAUGCCAACUCUGUGUCAAAUCCAUCUCACCUCUAUUGAAUGGGAAGCAUCACUUGGAGGUGAUGGCGAAGUAUUUAGUGGUGUUUCCUAUGGUAGAUGAAUCAAACAGCAUACUUUGGCGUUUAGAAGCAAAACGCACUCCUUUUACUUUUAUUUGAAGGAGAAUGGUUCUUGCACUGCAGUUUGUGUAUUUAUUGAUUCAAUAUGAUUUUUUGAAGGGUUGCCCUUUUGUAUGUGGCUCCCCGUCUGUUCUUAAGGACAUUCACAUCCAUAGUACUCGCAACUACACGUACAUACAUAUAUGUAGUUCUUUCUAG